AUGAAGAAGCCAAACAGCAAACUACUAUUUGAUACGCCUGGAUGGACGAUACCGAAGGAAAACGUGAACCCGGAUAAAAAAACUAAACGGAAGAAGAAGCAGACCAACGGAUCGACUGAGCAACCGACUGGCCGACCAUCCCAAUCGGAACAGCGAAAAGAAGACUCACCCAAUCCCAAAAAACGAGUCAAGAAUUCACAUCCUCCAGCCAAAAAGCAUCAGCCCCAUGAACAAGCAGAAAGCCGGCCAAGCUCGACAAUCAAUGGAGCAGCAACUCAUCAACUCGCACAAGGUCUAUUGAACUCGGGCUUGAAUGGCUCCCGAUUCCGGAUUCUGAAUGAGACUCUAUACACCUCAACCGGCCCAGAAGCGCUCAAACUUUUCCAAUCAACGCCAUCGCUAGAAAUAGAAGAGCAAGAGGGAGGCGGAAGCGGAGAACAAAACCCGAACUUUGAGAUCUAUCAUCUCGGUUUCCGCUCCCAAACCAAACAUUGGCCGCAGAACCCGGUCCAUCUUAUCGCUCAUGACCUCCAACAUGACCCGCAUCUUCUCAAAAAUCAUGCGCCUGUUCUUGUGGCUGACUUAGGCUGUGGGGAAGCCCCUCUCGCCAAACUGCUGUGCCCCUCUUCGUCUUCUGCUUCUUCGAAUUCGUCCAAGAAAAAGGCCAACGCAAGUUCGUUGACUCGGCAAAAUCAAUUUAAAGUGUUCAGUUAUGAUCUGGUCGCCGAUCCCGAAGGCUGGAUCACUGUUGCUGAAUGUUCCACUUUAGUUCCAUUGCCAGGCUCGUUAGAUGAUCGAAUCGGGAACGGGAUGAUGGAUGUAGGGGUGUGUUGUUUAAGCUUGAUGAGCACCAAUUGGGUCGGGAUGAUUUUUGAAGCUCGGCGGAUACUCAAGCAAGACGGUGAACUGAGGAUAGCUGAAGUCACCAGUCGGUUCGUCGACGUCGACCUCUUCGUCACCUUCAUCAAAUCUCUCGGAUUCUCCAAUCUCUCCCAGGACCAAUCAAACACCCAUUUCAUACUCUUCAAAUUCAAGAAAGCCGCGCUUGCGAACAGUGAGAAAGACCUAUCUUCGGUUAACCUUCUGAGCCCCAAAACAAAACUUGAACUGAUCGAAACUGGCCGAAAACUGCUUAAACCUUGUAUCUACAAGCGCAGAUAA